CUUAAAAUAAAAAAUCUGCGGAAGUACCAUGUCGUUAUUUCCUGUAGCUUCGCUGGAUGCACUGAGUUACAUUUUCAGUCGCUCCGUGUGAAGGGGAAGGAAAGAUGUCAGGUGCCGGGGGAGGAAAACGUCCCUCAGGAGGGGACAGCCCCCCUGUCCCACCUGAGAAGAAGAGCAAAAAAGAGGAGAAGACCACUACCACUCUGAUAGAGCCCAUACGCAUAGCAGGAGUCUCCUCUACGGAGGAAAUGGACAUGAAGGUCCUCCAGUUCAAGAAUAAGAAGCUAUGCGAGCGCUUGGAGCAGAGACAGACGAUGGAGGAUGAGUUACGAGAGAAAAUUGAGAAGCUGGAGAAGAGACAAGCCACCGAUGACACCACCCUGCUGAUUGUCAACCGCUACUGGUCCCAGUUGGACGAAAAUGUGCAAGUUCUGCGGAAACGUAUUGAGCCCGGCACUCCGGUGUCAUCGACCCCUGCCCCACCUGCACCCCCUCUGCCUGAACCAACAUCUAUGGAGGAAGAUGGUGUCAGUCUGGCCUCACCAACUUCCGCCGUGCCUCCACCUCCUCUACCAGCGAGUCCAAACGGGGGGGAGCUGGCAGAGAAGCACGACGCGCAUCAGGAAGAGCGCCUAGAAGGGCAGAAGCAUCCCCCGCCUCCUACUGGGUCAGAAGAGAUGAACCUGAAGGAGCCGCCACACGACUCAUCAACAGAUGCAUCGUCGCUCCCUCCUCCUCUAAGUGACAAUGCUAAGGGCUUCCUGGUUACUUUGGAGCACAGCAGCGAGGAGGAGCUCAGCCUGCACCUCCAAGACCGCAUGCAGUUCAGCAAGGAAGCCAUCGCCUGCCUGGUCUGCGUCUUUGACCGGCUACACAGCCGCAUCGACAGCAUGUGCAAGCAAGUCCAGGCUGCAGCAUGUGAUGACGAUAGCCAAUCUGACAUAAUCAAUGAAAACCACACUCUGCUGGACGAAAACACUCGACUGCGAGACCUGACCACUCUGCUGCAGGGCCGACACCACAAGAUGUCCAUGGAGUACAACGAGUUAGUGGACAAGGUGACCAGCUCUGAGACCAAGGUGUCUGAGAUGGAGACGACAGUCGAGGACCUGCAGUGGGACAUCGAGAAACUGCGCAACAGGGAACAAAAGCUCAACAAACAUCUGGCAGAAGCCAUGGAGCAGCUGAAGUCCGGAUACAGCACCAGCAGCUCAGGAGGACUCUCUGGAGGCCAGAUUACUCUGAACAUUCAGAAGUUUGAGAGUCUCAAUGCGGAGUUGGAGCACAACGCGGAGUUGGCGAAUAGCCGCAUGGCAGAGUUGGAGAAACUGCAGGCGGAGCUGCAGGAGGCAGUGAGGGAGAGUGAGAAGCUCAAGAUGGAUUUGCGGAAUAUUCCAGAAGACGUUGUGAAGGAGACUGUGGAGUACAAAUGUCUGCAGUCGCAGUUCUCCCUGCUUUACAACGAGUCCCUGGGGGUGAAAACCCAGCUGGAUGAAGCACGCGCCCUCCUGCUCACUGCCAAGAACGCCCACCUCCGACAGAUCGAGCACAUGGAGAGUGAUGAACUGUCGCUCCAGAAGAAGCUGCGAACCGAGGUUAUCCAGCUGGAGGAUACCCUGGCCCAGGUGCGCAAAGAAUACGAGAUGUUGCGCAUCGAGUUUGAGCAGAACCUGGCAGCCAACGAGCAAGCAGGGCCAAUCAACAGAGAGAUGAGGCAUUUGAUCAGCAGCCUUCAGAACCACAACCUGCAGCUGAAGGGCGACGUGCAGCGCUACAAGAGGAAGCUGCGGGAAACCCAGAUGGAGAUCAAUAAGUUGCGUUGUCAAAGUGGCGACACGGGGACUCUGAUCCUCGACGAGACGACGAAUGACAGCAUCGAAGUGAAGAAAGAGGAUGAUGAGGACCAUGAGGAGGAGGAGGAGAGGAGGAAGGAGCUGGAGAGGCAGCGGGCCCGGGAGAGAGACAGGGAGAGGGAGGCCGACCGAGAGCGGGAGAGGGAUCGGGAGAGAGAGAGGCAGCGCAGCGACGAGUUGAAGAGGAAGGACUCGGACACUCUGAAGAUGCUCAGAGUCGAACUCAAGAAAGCCCAGGAGUCCCAGAAAGAGAUGAAGCUCUUGUUGGACAUGUACAAAUCAGCUCCUAAAGAGCAGAGGGACAAAGUUCAGCUCAUGGCCGCCGAACGUAAAUCUAAAGCUGAGGUGGAUGAGCUGAGGAUGCGAGUGCGAGAGCUGGAGGAGAGGGAGAGGAAGGAGAGCAAGAAGCUGGCGGAUGAAGAUGCCCUCAGGAAGAUCCGAGUGGCAGAGGAGACCAUUGAGCAUCUGCAGAAGAAACUCGCGGCCACUAAACAGGAGGAGGAAGCCCUGCUGAGUGAGAUGGAUGUUACAGGCCAGGCCUUCGAGGACAUGCAGGAGCAGAACAGCCGCUUGUUGCAGCAGCUUCGAGAGAAAGACGACGCCAACUUCAAGCUGAUGAGCGAGCGAAUCAAAUCCAACCAGAUCUACAAGCUGCUGAAAGAGGAGAAGGAGGAGCUGGCUGACCAAGUUCUCACAUUCAAAACCCAGGUGGACGCACAGCUGCUGGUGGUGCAGAAACUGGAGGAGAAAGAGGGCGUCCUGCAGAGCACACUCGCCGCUCUGGAGAAGGAGCUGACUGUCCGGACACAAGGACUAGAACUCAACAAGAGGAAGGCGGUGGAGGCUGCCCAGCUGGCGGAGGACCUGAAGGUGCAGCUGGAGCACACGCAGGCCAAGCUGAAGGAGAUCCAGGUCUCUGUUGCGGAGAACCGCACCGCCCGGGAGAGGGAGAGCUCCAACCUGAAGAGAGCACAGGAGGAUCUGUCCAGGCUGAGGCGGAAGCUGGAGAAGCAGAAGAAGGUGGAGGUGUACUCUGACGCUGAUGAGAUCCUGCAGGAGGAGAUCAACCAGUACAAGGCCAAGCUGCGCUGCCCCUGCUGCAACACACGAGACAAGGAGACGGUGCUCACCAAGUGUUUCCACGUGUUCUGCUACGAGUGUCUGAAGAUGCGUUACGACACCCGGCAGAGGAAGUGCCCCAAGUGCAACUGCGCCUUCGGGGCCAACGACUUUCACCGCAUCUACAUCACCUAACUCCCAGAGAGGCCGAGGAGCGAGAAGGGAAAACUGUAGACAGAACCAAAGGAGAUAAAUGAAUAGACAAAAAGACUAUAGAACUGAAGAUGUAUUCCAAGAGGUGGACAUUUUGGGGAUAUCAGAUAUGUGUUCCCUGUUUUAAUCUCUCUUUGGAAGGACUUGUUUGACCGCAUCUUUGCCAUUUGGUGACCAAACAGAUAGUGACACAUCUGACUGAGAUUGUUGUGCUAUAGUUAAUAAACGCAGUUGUUUGUGCACACAGUGAUAUUCUUACAUGUCGAGCUGCUCUGCACUGUUUAUCCUGUCCUUGCCAUGUUUAAACAUCCUCUUUUUUUUAUCAAGCUGGGCCCACUUUUAAAUAUUCCUUUUGUUUAAUGUAUUGAUAACUUGGAACUGCUGAGGUACAUCUGACUGACGCAAUUCUUUUCAUUGUUUUGUCCUGCUGGUUUAUGAAAAUCCUGUGAAAUCAGUGAAGCUGCAAUUUCAAAAUUAAAAGAAGCCGUGCUUUACAGACCCGAGGCCUGCAUGUGUAGGACUAAAUAUGUUUCUAUACGUAAAGUACGACAGCCAAGGUUGUGUAACUUCCCUGCUCAGGCUAUAGUAUUAACAAUGAGAGACGUCAGUGAGUUUGGCGACCCGUCAGCACAUACAGCAGUGUGUGGAUCACCUUGGGCAAGGUCCUCUGUGUGUGUGUGUUCAUCCUGUUGCCAUGGUUCCCGUUGGAGAGUUUGACACAACAUCUGCAGCUUAUAGUGCCUCAUUACAGAUGAAAUCACUGCAAUGGAAAUUCAGCUCAUAUGGGUGUCCUUAGUGGGCUGCGCUGCUCCAGGUCCUGCUUUGCUAAAGGUUAGCCGUGACAGAAGAGUACAAAAACAUCUGCUUAACAACAUGCCUCUUACCUAAUUGCGCCAAUGAAACCCUGUUCCCUCUGUUCGGAUGAUGUGAACUAUUUACUGGGAGGUGGGUUAGCGUCUGUUUGACGUUAGCUCUUGUGGGAAAGGCAGUUCGCACCAUGUAGCACAUGCAUAAAAAGUUCCAGGCUGUGAAGAAAAAAGUUUAUCGGGCAUUUGGGAGCAGUUGAGUAAGACUUCUUUGAGAAUUAGCUAUACUGUUGGCAAAAAUCAGACUAACAUGUUUACAUUGGCAAUAGUUGUUUACUCAUGAAUGUGCACAACCUGUUAUUAAUAAAUUAGUAGUUUUUA